GACGACUCUUUGCUCGGCGCUAUAUCGGCAUUCGAGGAAGGCAGGGAUCAAUCAUUGCAAUCCAGCUUGUCGAUUCAGCAGUGCAGUUAUGAAGAACAGGCCGCUUAUAUUAAAUCUACCAAGCUCUGGAACUCGAAAUUACUAAUUAAAGACUAGAGACAUGCGACGCUGGUGGCGCGGCACGUUCACCUUCAAAUGGUUCGUAGCCAAUGAAAUGAGCCGUACAGCAUCUGAAGAUAAACUUAAGAUGAUCUUACAUGUAAGAUCCAACUAUGAAUACCGGCCAUGUGUGAAGUGUAGCGGAGCGCAGGCGAAACGAGCAAAUCCGUCCCCGACUCGCCCGAGAACGCCUGCAGAGGCGCUGCGCGUUUGCCAGGGAUUUCCGCCACGCUCCUCCGUCUCUCUUAUCUACGCGAUACCUGUUUGCGUACGAUUGUGCUUUUGUCUCGCCAGUGGCCGCUGACGCUGGUGCGUUACGUGUGUGUUGGGUUGCGAGUGCGUGUCCGGUCGUGUCGUAAACAAAGUGCCUUCGGCGUGGCGAGCACGCGCUUCCUGCGGAUCCACGGCGGAUUUAUCUAUGUACGUCGCGAACAUGCGCGAGCACGACGACCUGACGACGAGGUGUUUUGUGCCGGGCCAUCACCAGCAGCAGCCGCCACCACCGCCGAUCCAGGCACCAUCGCCGCAAGCUCCGGGUUUGGACGCUUUGCACAGCCUCUGCAGGCAGAUCUACCCCGACCAAUGCAAUCCGCUGACAGUCACGGCGGUUGUGAAAUAUUGGUUAGGAGGACCUGACCCCCUCGAUUACAUCAGUAUGUACGCCAGUCCAGGAUGCCCCGAACUUGGAGUACCUCCGCACUGGCACUACAUCAGCUUAGGGUUGUCAGAUUUGCACGGAGAUGGCCGGCUGCAUCCUAAAAACGGCCCGGGUCGUCCGAGCGGAUUCGGCUUCGAGUUUACCUUCCGGCUGGCGCGCGAAAGGGGCGAGACGACGCCGCCCACGUGGCCGGCGAACAUGUUGCAGCAAUUGGCCAAGUAUGUUUUCAGUUCCGGAAACACGGUGAUGCCGGGCGACCACGUCUCUUGGCACGCUCCGCUGAAUGGCGAAGGCGGUCGCAUCACCCAGAUCUUGAUGGGCAGGGACCCGCAGCUCCCAGUGUCGAUUUCCACUCCCCAUGGCGAGGUCUCGUUCGUUCAGAUCGUCGGUGUCACCUCCGAGGAGCUGCAAGCAGCCCAGCACUGGAACGGUCUGGGCGUCGUUAACUUGCUGAAGAGUGCCCCGGAGUGCGGGCCGUGGUUAAUCACAGACAUGCGGAGAAUGCAUUCCAUUAUGGAGAGCGAUCCCUCCAUAGCGGAGAAGAUACAGCGCGGCAUCGAGAGAGACGGGUCGAACCUGAGUGGCGUGUCCGCCAAAUGUUGGUGGGUGCAGAUCACGGGCGACAAGAGCGCGGAGAGAUAUAGAGAACGGAGGAACGAUUCCGACGACGACGAGAGGCAGCAGGAGGAUGUGAAGCCGGUGGUGAAGACGGAGAGACUGUCGCCGUGCGAGCAGGACGCCGACGAGGGCAGUAUUAAAAUCCUGUCCGGCUUGCACCUUACGUUCAACCUCGAGGCCGGCUCGUUGCUGCCGUUAGCGAUAAGGGGCCGCGUUAUGCACGGCAGGCAUUUCACCUUCAAGUCCAUACUGUCGCACUCGGCCGUCACGAUAGUGGCACCGUCGGUUACCGGCACAUUAGUCGCUAAGGAGAAACCGUACGUUCUUCAAGGACCGUGGCUGCAGGUACUUCUCUCGGAAGAACUGUACGAAAGAAUGGCCCAAGAGUUCCAGGUCCUGAACACGCCGGAUAAGAUUCAAUUGCCAAAGACAUUCUCUUGGCCGGAACAUAAAUUAGUCAUCACCAUCAUCAACGAUUAGAUGUCCGACAACGGCGUGUGAUUCCUGAAGAUUGUCGUCUCGUUAUCCGUCGAUCACGUGUCGUCUCAUUUAUAUAAAUAUAUUUAAAUUAAAGAUAGCACACACAAUAAAAGUAUUAUCGGUGAAAACCUCGCUGAAGACCGAGGUUUCUAUUUAUAGCGUCGAUUGCCAGACCAGACGUGUCGACUUAAAUUUUAAGGUUUUUGUAAUUUAUAAAUUUUAUAUACGUCUCUCUUUCUCUCUCUCUCUCUCUCUCUCUUUCUCUCUCUCUCUCUCUCUCUCUCUCUCUAUAUAUAUAUAUAUAUAUAUAUACACGCGCGCAUGUCUCUUUAAGGGGAUCAGUUUGCUCAUCAAUAUGCGAAAGCAGAGAUUGCAACAUGUUUUCUUCGACAACGAACUCGCGCUCCGUUGUUCCUUCAAAAAAGCGAUGUAUUUUUCUACAAGGAAUAUUACCGAUCUCUCUUUUACAAGUUGAUGCCCGCUCAUAUAUAUGCGCGAGGGAAGACUCGUGAUGUUCAAUCUUUUCACAACCCGUUGCGAACCCUAUCUCCGAGAUAGAUGGGUCGUCGGGUGAUUCUCUCCCUAUUAUUUGCGAAAAUGAAAUCGCAAAAAUAAGAUCGUGACAAAAAAUCGCGAAUCUUCCUUCGCGUAUGUAUGUAUUUAAUUUUGUAUAUAACAGUAUAUAAAUUAUA